GCUAAUAGCAAGCAGUCCCUCUCACCUUCUUCCUCCUCAAAUACAAUCUGCAACUCAAAAGCUGCAUAGAAACCCUAGCAAUGGCAGAGCCCGAAGCCCAAGGCCAAGACGAAGAGCGGUAUGGCGUCCUCCUCUACUACAAGUACGUCGAUAUCCCCGACCUCGACGAGCUCGUCGCCUUCUACGAGUCCAACUGCAACUCCCUCGGCCUCCUCGGCCGGGUCCGCCUUUCUCCUAACGGAGUCAACGUCACCGUUGGCGGGAAGUUAUCUUUGUUGGAGAAACACAUUGCUAAUGUGAGGUCAAAUAGUUUGUUUGAAGGGACUGACUUCAAGCUCGCGGCUUGUGAUCGCCCGCUGAAUGACAAGGUUGCAAAGGAAUGUGGAUUCAAUGCGCUUUCGAUUCGAGUCGUCAAGGAACUGGUUACUCUUAAUUCUGACCCGUUGUUAAAGUCACCUGAAAUUUCAAACGCUGGGAUUCAUCUGUCUGCAGUUGAAUUUCAUUCUGCUCUUCAGACUGCUGGACAAUUUUCAGAGAUAGAUAGUCCAGCAUACAGUGGAGGACUUGUUCUAUUGGAUGCAAGAAAUUUAUACGAGACAAGAAUUGGGAAGUUCCACGCACCAAAUGUGGAAACUUUGGAUCCUGGAAUCAGGCAGUAUAGUGAUCUGCCCUCAUGGAUAGAUGAUAACUCUGAGCAAUUGAAAGGGAAACGUGUUCUUAUGUACUGCACUGGAGGGAUAAGGUGUGAGAUGGCAUCGGCAUAUAUUAGGUCUAAAGGUUCUGGGUUUGAGAAUGUGUUUCAGUUAUUUGGUGGGAUACAGCGUUAUUUGGAGCAAUUCCCAGACGGUGGAUUUUUCAAAGGAAAGAAUUUUGUUUUUGACCAUCGGAUAUCAGUAGGGAGCUCAGACGCGAGAACUAUUUCUACCUGCCUUCUUUGUGGCUCUUCAUUUGAUGAUUAUUCUUCACGCUGCCGAUGCGCCUAUUGUAGGAUGCUUGUUUUGGUCUGUGAUAGUUGCAGGAUUGAGGGUGCUCUAUAUGUUUGCGAGCUUUGCCUGAAACAUGGCAAGGCUGUUGGGUCAGUGGCAUCAAACGAAAAUGGCAAAACUCAGGCAAUCUCAUCAGAAGUUGAGCUUAAAACUGUUUCGUCAGAUACCAAACUCACAUCUGAACUGCCUUGGAGUCAUGACAACAGGUCUCCAAGAAAACUAAGAAUCUUAUGCCUGCAUGGGUUUCGGCAGAAUGCCUCCAGUUUUAAAGGAAGAACUGCAUCAUUGGCCAAAAAACUCAAAAACAUUGUUGAUCUAGUUUUUGUUGAUGCACCACAUGAACUACCAUACAUUUACCAACCCUGCUCCACAGGGUCACAUGGAGAUUGCACAUCACCUUCAUUACACCAAAUCCAUCCUCCACCGACUGUGAAUUGUAGGAAAAAGUUUGCAUGGUUAGUAGCAUCUGAUUUCAGUGGAAAGAGUGAAGUGGAUUGGAAAAUCGCGGAUGGUCCGUUUGAUCCUCUCCAGUACCAGCAGCAAACCGACGGCUUUGAUGUAUCACUGGCAUAUUUGAAGACCGUGUUCUCUCAGGAAGGGCCAUUUGAUGGGAUCCUGGGAUUUUCUCAAGGAGCCGCAAUGGCUGCUUUAGUUUCUGCACAACGAGGGAGGCUAAAAGGUGAAAUGGAUUUUAGAUUUGUGAUUUUGUGCUCUGGGUUUGCUCUUAAAUUAGUGGAGUUUGAGCGUCAACCGAUCAACUGCCCGUCGCUUCACAUUUUCGGCAGCAACCACGGUGAGGACAGGCAAAUUGCAAACCAAGCUAGCAGGGACCUUGCUUCUUUAUUUGAUGAUGGUUGCUGUGGGAUAAUUGAACAUGACUGCGGUCAUAUAAUUCCUACGCGGUCUCCCUAUAUUGAUGAGAUUAAAAAUUUUCUUCAACGUUUUCUAUGACGGAAUUAGAACCCUAUUGGUACCUCAGUGUAAGAUAUAGACUUGUCUGGAAAUGGUUCGUUAGCAUUUGAACUUUCAUCAUACAUGAAGGUGCCAUAAUUUAAAUUGAGAUUACAUCUUGAAAUGCUGUUAAUUUAAAUUGAGAUUACACUAAUGAGCAAGCUAGCGUUAGCCGCUA